UGUACAUACAUGUAUCUCCCCCGCAAUCCCACCUAAUAACAGACCUAUACACACAACAACAUAGAUAUCCCUCAAUCUCUCUCUCUCUUCUCUUUCGCUUUUCUCUCAAAAAAGAGAGUGCAGAGGGUCGUCGUCAUCAUGCGUGCAGUCAGCAAUCAUCAGUCUGCCUCUGCUCCGGUGCGUGUGUUCUGAUGUGUUCUCUUGGGCCUCUCUUGUCUCUUACGUCUGCGGGUAUAUCUUUAACACAAUACCCGUGCACUAGAGUGUCAGUUUCAGUACACAAUAAAGAAAGAAAAACAGCGCAGCUAAGCGUGAAUGUGUUGGUUGUACGUGUACAAAGAAUAAGUAAAUAAGUAUAUAUUCCUAUUUAUACGUGUAAGUGGCUUUACAUCCUGGGCUGCAUCCCUGCAGCAUUUUAAAUGUGCUUUAAAAUAAACGUGGAAUGCUAUGAAUUCAAUGACAACUACUGGCAACAGUUUGCACUUAUACAGCAGCUGCACUACGUUAAGCCAAUGCUUCUGCGACUGAGAUGCUGCUGCUGCUGAACACGAUACAGCAGCUGCUGCAGCAGGACCAUGAGGAGCUGGACGAAGAUUUUAGAUCGUUGUUGUUGUUGUUGUUAUUGUCGCUGCACUAGGACAUCACUGAUCUAUCAAAAACAUAGCCAUGGGCUCCAGACUGAGAGAAAAUGUGAAGCAGUUAUUUGAGUGUUUUUGCGAAGUAGCUCAGCCAAAUGGAGAAAAACAGCCAUGGAUUCUCCAAAGGUACCCUGAAUCUUAUAACGAUUCAGAGGUACUCAAAUCUGUUCCUAAAUUUGCGUAUCCAUGUGAAAUUCAAAAUGUCACAAUACAGCACUUUUCAUUUGUACUCACAAGUGUAGAUUCAAAAUGGACAUUUGGAUUUUGUAGGCAUGAUCCAAAGACAGAGACAGCUUUAGUUAUUCUUAGUGCUUUACCGUGGCAUGAAACCUUUUAUAAAUUAUUAAAUCACAUAGCUACUCUGACAGCUAGUAGUAACGCAGGAGAUUUAUUAAAAUUUCUUGGAGAUGUUUAUGAGGCUACGCUUCCAGUUCCUGGGGCUUCAGUCAGUAUUCCAUUGCCAGAUUCUAAGACUAUAUUCGUUUUACAAAGGCCAAAUCAAUUCCAAUUGCCAAGUAUUCCUGAGAACCGUAAUCUGACGGAGUAUUUCAGCGCUGUUGAUUCCCAUAAUAUGAUGAUGGUUUUUGCCUCUAUGUUGUAUGAAAGGCGCAUUAUAUUCACGUCGAAAAGGUUGUCGAGAUUGAGCGCGUGUGUGCAGGCCUGCAACGCUUUAAUCUACCCAAUGAUCUGGCAGCACAUAUACAUACCGGUCCUACCUCAUUCAUUAACGGAUUAUUUAUUAGCACCUAUGCCUUUUCUCAUAGGGGUACUCCUGCCCAUACUCGAGCGAGUGCGACAAAGUGAUUUGGGCGAGGUUGUUAUUCUCAAUGCGGAUGAUAACACCAUCGAAUCUCCUUUCCAAGACUUGGAAUCUUUACCUCAAGAUGUGGUGACGAAUCUUCGGCGAGCGUUGCGCAACGGACCAGCGCUGCUCGGCGACGGUGUAUCCAGGGCGUUUUUGCGUGCAUUAGUUCAAUUAACGGCCGGCUAUCGGGAAGCCCUCACUUUACAGCAAGGCCAGCACGACGACCACGUGCGCAUCACCUUUGAUCAGGAAGCAUUUGUUGAAAGCCGGCCGCUCUCCAUGCAACCCUUUUUGAGGAAAAUGCUCGAGUUGCAGAUUUUUCAACAGUUUAUUGAAGAGAGGCUGCAUAUGCUGAAUUCGGGUCUUGGCUUCUCAGACGAGUUUGAGAUGGAAGCUUGCAAUUACUCGGACAAGUCGGGCAGUAAAUUUAUGCAACAGUACAGGGAGUGGACUUACACGAUGCGCAAGGAAGGCUCGGCUUUCUUUCGAAGUGUCAAAGAUAAGGCCAAUCCUGCUGUGAAAUAUGCAGUGAAAUCGGUAAAAGAUAAAGGAAAGGACGUGAAGACUGUUUAUAAAGGCCUAAAGUGGAAAGGACGAGCCACCCGAGGUGAUAACGCUACGCGGUUUCACCAGCCUAGAUCAGCGCCUAAUUCACCGACGUUGGACAGAAGGCCGAUAUCGUUCGCUUCCCCAUCGAAAUCACCCAGUGGCCUUACGCCCACGACAAGUUACCGGAAAGAACUUCGGAUUCCCAAUAGUAAUAUAGAAACUAGUAGAAAGCAGUAUUCACCACUUAAUCCAAGCUCUCCAGAUGACCAAGACGCACCGCCCGAGCAUCUACACAUCGACCUGAUGCACGAGUUACGCGACGUCAUAUUUCCAAACACUCCUCCGGUGGACCGUAGCGGCAAAGCACCAGAGGUGCAGGACCUAAUCAGGCUCGACUCGACGAACAGUGACGACGAUUUUGAUCCGCUGCUCUCGAAAUCCUUGGUCCCGGAUCCAACGACCGGAGCAACAAGCGGUGUCGCGCCACCAAUGGCCAACAACACGCACAAACAAAUGAGCCAGUCGCUGCACGCGCCCAGCACGGCUGAGCUUUUGGGCGAGGGCCUGAGCAACCCUCUCUACCCGUAUUUCACGCCCCAACAGCGCAAGCACGAUUCCGCUGCGCCUUGCUUGUCAAAGAUCGGUGACUUGGAUCUACUGCAAGAGUACGGCCUUGAUUUCAACAAGUUCAGCCUGUCGAACGGCAACGCGGCCGUCGCAGCGGCAGCUACGGCCUCCUCGAGGAUGAUAUCCCAGACUAAGCUGCAGACGGAGGCUGUGCACAACAACGCGGUCAAACCUUUCGGAACGGCUUUUGGCAGUCAGCAAAGCGUCAAGUCGCCGAGCAAUUGGACCAAGUUUGAGUGAACACCGUUUUUUAUUUACGUUUGUUUGGAUUGUUGAUGAUUUUUUUUUUUUUUUUAUUCAUUUUACCUUUUUUUCUUUUCCCCCUCAAUUUGUCGAGGGCAGGGAGAAAUUUAACGAGGGGCUUUUUGCAAUUUUAGGAUAAAAGACGAGCACAGCGUGAGGCGUGUUGUUGUUUGUUUUUUUUUCUUUUGUCUUUUAAUUUUGGUGUGUGAAUAGCUUAAUGAAAUCGAACGUUGAUGAUCUAUUCUGUUGUGUAAGGGAUAAUUAAUUUGUUAUUGAUCGAUGUUGUAAAUAUUGCGAGAGUUUUAAUUAAUUUCCAUGAAUUCGGAUACAGGGUCGAUUGAUGAUGUUUUUGUGGCGACUCGCGCUGACUCGUCUCUUGAUUGGAAUUUUAAUUGGGAGACGAAAUUUCGGGACCGAAACCGUUUACAAAUCGGCUUGGUAUAGUAUUUUCUAAAAAAAAUCAUUCGAGUAGUUGUUAGCUAUCGCGGCAAUUGAUUCGCGUAUAUCCCAAUUGCGUUCAAGCAAGCAAGAGCAUAUUUUUAAUUAAACUGGCAAUGACACAAUAAAAAAUCCAUUUUUAUUUUCAAAUAAUCGUUCAAGUUAUUCUGGUAAGUACGUGGUCUCACACUGAAAUCUCUUCUCUUUCUGCGUGGAAUUAUGCGUAAAGAAGAUACAACUAUUGGAAUUGAGGGCGUACGUGUAAAAAAAAAAAAAAAA